UCUGUGCUCCUACUAUAGUCUAUAGGACAAKAAAAAUAAAAAUUGAAAUAUUGAAUUACUAGAUACAUAUAACAUAUUAUUAGAUUAAAAUUAAAGCUUCUCGUCGGAUGUGUAAUGUGUGUUGUGUAAAUAGCCACUGAGAUCUACGAUUUAAAAUACCAAAAAGAUCAACGGAUAAGGGAAAUAAAGAUAAACGAAGUAAUUUCAUUAUGCGUUUAAACAACGUUUUAAAUUUUCGCGAUAUGCGACGAUAUACGAAAAAUCCGCUUGAAGUAAAAUUUGAAGAACUGUUGCCGCUUAAAUUGAAAGAUAAAGUAUCUGGUAAAGGAGAUAGGUCCAAAGAACGUGCAUGUGUUCAUGAAAUAUCUGUCAUGUUUGCCUGCUUCAAAAAAAAUGAAUUUGACCAAACCAGAUGUUCAGAUGAAAUUACCAAGUUUCAAGCAUGUGCAACUAAAAAUUAUGCUGACAAGUUUAAAAGAAAACAAGACAGACGUGAAGGAAACAUUUCUACUGGAAAAGAUAAUCUUACACCUAGAGAAAUCAAUUAUCUUUUGAAAAAAUAUCCAAAUCCGUAAAACUGAGUUUUAAGAAUUUUUAUUGAG